GAUAAGAAAAGAGAACUCAGGAAAAGGGUUGGGAUUGUGGAUUAGGACACAGAGGCGGAGCAGAGGAGCAUUAGUAGAGGCUAUCUGAUGCUGUAAUACGUUUGGAUGGCGGUAGCAAGGUGGUGAGGUCAUGUUGAGAACAAGGGGGAAAAAGGAAAAUAAAGCUUGUGAUUAAAAUGUGGAAUGUGUGUAUAUCUGGGAAGCUUGGGAGAUCCAUGUUUCCAUGGGCAACAGUGCAGAGAGAGAGGGAACUGAGCGUGCACAGCAGGCAAUCUGACAGGAUUGCCUGCUGUGAGGAGACCCAUGAGUUUCUUAGUAAUCAAUAAAAGUAUUAUGGAAAUUAAAUCUAUAAUUUAAAACAGAAAGAGAAAGAGAGGAGCACCGUAAGCAGUUACCGUACAUUUUAAAUCAUUAAAUUAUGGCUACAUGAUGCAUGAGAAGCUGCACCGUCCUAGCUGGUACAGCUCAUGCAUGUUGGUGCAUAUUACAGCCUUCAUACAUCAGCUUACUUAUCACUUAGGCCUUAGAUAUGUGGAGUGAGUGAAUGGUCAUUAGAGGGCAGCGUAGAGGAGGGAUGCAAUCAGCUUGGGAAUAGUGGGAGAGACGGAAAGCAAAGGGGCCAAGAAGUGAUAACAGUGUGAAGCUGCAAGGACAGGUCCCUCCUGUCACAGGCUGCAGGGUGAUGUUGAACAGCUGUGGAGAGAGGGGCUCACUUCCUGUGUCCAAAGCCAAAAAAUAUGCUCUUUAGCAGGAUGAGAGACGAGUUCCUCCGAGAACAGCACCAAGUUGUUUUUGGUUUGUUUGCAUAUUCCCCCUCUUCCCUGCUGUGUUUCUUAACCCAUUUGCAUUUUUCAGAGGGAAGUGAAACAUGCUCUUUAUCUUAGAACAUCUCCUUAUUCCGCUACAAAAUGCUUGCCUGCACAUUCAAUGUUUAAUGAGAAUAUACUGUUUUUGUUAAGCAAGUCACUGACCCUAAAUAACGUCAUACUGUUUGUGUGCCUCAUCUAACAAGGCAUGUAUAUGUAUUGUAUUCAUUAAAACUUCUGUUGGAAAGUUUUACAGUUACACAAUACUAUAUUUUGAAAAUGUGACAAGCAUAUGUUAUAUGUUAAGACUUUUAUUAAAAGUAUUUCAGUUGUUGGAUCAAAUAUAUAUAUUUUCCAACAGGAUUCUCCCUCCAAGCCAUCUGUGGCUGAGCUGGCUGGAAGGUUCAAAGGUCACAUUCUAACAAUGCCCACCUCAAAUGGCGAGUUUCCAUUUCAAAGAAGACCCCCAUGUUCCCUAAAGUUGCAAAAUCAAAAAGAUGAUAAUGAAGAAUCGGAUAAAACUAACGUCUCACCAAAUCCCUUUAAAGUCAAGAUCAAGAACUCCUCCGUUAUUGAGAAACUUCAGGCCAAUCUUGCUCUGUCACCAACUGCUCUGCUGCCUUCACCCAAGAGUCCUGAGGUGAAGCUCCAGCCGGUGCCGUUGUCCCCCAUCACACCCUGCAGCCCGCAGAGCCCCCUGAGCUCCACCCUGCUGUCCUCACAUCUGUCCAGUGAAGAGGAGGAUCCCAUCAGCUUCGACAGCCCUCCUGAAGGCAUCCCACUGCCAAGCUUCAACAAGUCUCGUGCACGUCUAUCAUUCAAAAGGCGACCGCCCACGAGACUUCACAGGAGAUCAGCUGGAGAGGAGGCAGGAGCCUUCGGGAGUUUACUGUCCCCCUGUGAACUGUACAGCCCAAAAGAAAAUGGGGACAUAGACCAGGUUUUCAAAUAUGAACAGCCGGCAAGUCUGAAAGAAGCUGAAGAGAAGGACAAGGACUGUGAGCAAACAGAGAAUGAAGUAGCAAAGAGUGACCCAGAUGGCAGGGGAGAUCUGGAGGAGGUACAGGACGCGGGACAAACCCAGAACUUGGAGGCUUUGGAAGAGGAACAGCAGUCUUCAGAGGGGACGGAGGAGAUGCCUCAGGAGGAGCACUAAGGAGGAAAUGACAUGGUGUGAACUGUGAAUGUUUGUUCAAGAAAAGAAAGAGAAAAAAAAGAAUAAGUUAUUCAGUGCUUUGAUUAAGAGAACUCCCAAAAUACUCCUCAGAAAAAGUUUAUCAGUUUUUAAACUUUUUUUGUACCUGCUCUUUUUAAGUCCCUCUGUCGCCCUCUCCUGGGCGUCUCACAGAACAGGUCUAUAAACACUGGAGCGUUAUGAGAAGCAGCUUUUCACUGCACAUGGAAAUACGCAUCACAUACUGAUACUGUAUCCAUAAUCUGGCAGUGGAAAUUCGUGUCAUAUUGUAUCAAGUCUGCAAGAGCAGACUCUUGUUUUUAUGACAAAUUGCAUAUUUUUCUUUGCAAAUCAAAGACAUUGUUAAGAG